AUGACGGAGCACAGCGAAUGGGCGAGCCAUUCGAGAUCUCAGCUGUGCAGUGCACUCGAUCUCGCAGGCUUUGCCGUCAUCGUCCAGGCUUACCUCUCUGAUGGCAGCACCAUCCUCCUCGCCCUGAGAUCAAUUGUACAUACCCAGCUAUCCUGUCCGCUACAGAGUCAUCCCGAUCGCUCUCUCAGAUUCUUCAUGACCGCCUUGCUUGUCUCGUCAGCCGCCGUGUUGGUCUAUCACGCCACGCAAGCACUCAGCACCACCACGAGCAAGUCUGUCCUGAUCGACUUUGUUGGCAUAGAUGCUACUCCCUCCAGGCUGAUCGUCCUCGCAUGGGACUGUGUCCUCGUGGCCAUGCAGAUAGCCCUGCUCGUCACCUCGUACGAAGACGGUCGCAGUACGGCCACGAGCUCCUACCUUGCAUUCGCAAGCUAUGCGCGCUUUGCCCAGCCUGCUGCUGCUACUGCCGCCUCGCCUGUGAUCCUGCAGUCUUCCGCUACGGAAGACCCCGAGACGGCUUCAGUGACGGAAGAAGCGAGUUCAGAGGACGACAUGAACAUAGCAGACAUGGAUGUUCACGCGUACAAGUCGACCGGUCGACAUCAAAGCAAGCGCGACCCGUUUCGGCGCAAUAUCGUGCAUCUCGAUCUGCGCGCAGUGCUCGACAAGACUCUGUCUGUCCAGACGACAGCCGCUAGCCUUAACUAUCUCAACGGUGCUUUGUCGAGCUUUGGCGCGCAAUUGCGCUCCAGGCGACUGCAAAGACGUGGACGAACGGGCGCGCGAGAAGCCCGAUUGGACGAUGCCAGCGACGAGGAGCGCCUCAUCGAUCGAUACGCAGCUCUCGAGCAUGCGCAUAUUCCUUCCGAUGGGGUGCGAUACCCGCCUGUGCCGCCGUCAUUCUAG